CUUUGGCUCUUUCCAUCAGCAGUAUGUGGUAGACGGGAAGCUAAUUGCUGUUGGAGUUAUUGAUAUAUUGCCAAAGUGUUUGUCGAGCAAGUAUUUAUUUUGGGAUCCUGAUUACGCAUUUCUAUCACUUGGCAAAUAUUCAGCUCUAGAAGAAAUCAAGUACAUUGCCCAAUGCUUCAGUACUAUUAUCUUGGCUAUUAUAUUCACUCGUGCAGAAAGAUGAGAUACAAAGCUGCGUAUCGACCAUCUGAGCUCCUCUGUCCUCUUCACUACGAAUCAUGCCACUCUACAAAACGAAGAUUCAUCGCCACUGAAGGUGAGUGAUGGGCACAUGGAAGAGCAGCAAAUGAGCUUUACCAGGAGACCACAGAUGAUGAUGAAAUGACUGAACUUGACUCGGAUUCAUCCGAUGUUGAAUCAGACUCGGAAGUUGGUGCCUCAGUCACUGAGUUCCUGGACGAUACCGGAAACAUUUUGCAUGUGCUUACAUCUCAUCGUGCAAAAACAUUUUGAGUUGCUGAUCGUUAAUUUUGGAGUACAGCUUUCAAAAUUUUCAAGUGCUGCUUUCAAUUUCCAGAACUUAGAAUGAUCAGCAGAGAUUGCUAGGACCACAGAUUGCAUUGAAAAGGGAAAAGAUUAGUAAACUUUGAGUUGAGUGGUGAUUUGGAGAAGAAAUAGCUGCUUUGCAAAGAUGGUAUUUGUGAGCUUCAAACUCCUAAUUUCUGAAAUUGACCCUUGAGAUUGAGAUAGAGAGAGAGCAAUUUCGUAUUGAACAAACCAUCUACGCAAUUGAAUCUUGCAGCAAAUCUAUCUCCUUGAAACUAUGGAAGCAGCACUGACUGCAGCAGUGCUUUCAGUAGGCAUCAAAAUUCUUGUCGAAAAGCUGAUCGACAUUUUGAAGGAAGAGUAUUCUCUGUUUGAAGGUCUGAAUGAAGAUAUCCGAAAACUGCAAAAGACUUUGGCGAUGAUUGAAGCCUACUUGAGUGACGCUGAUAGUAAAUCCAUUACCCAACAGGCUGUCAAGAUCUGGUUGAAUGAUCUUGAGGAUGUCGCUUUCGAUGCUGAUAAUGUCUUGGAUGAACUCAACUAUCAUCUUCUCCGUGAAAAAGUGAAGAAAAUGGACGCACCCAGUCCCAAGCCGAAGAAUAAGGUACUAUCAUGCUUGUCAUCCUGCAGUCGUGGUAACGUUUCUCGCCGCUUUAAAAUUGCUCAUUCCAUCAAACAAAUCAAUGAGAAUUUUGAAUCUAUGAACAACAAGGCAACACAACUUGGCCUUCAAAACAUUAUUGCGAAUGCACUUCCUGCUGCUGUUGAUACUUCCAACGAGACUGAUUCGUUGAGUGUUGAUCCAGUCUUUAUUGGAAGAGAUGAUGAUGUGACUAUGCUAGUUGACAUGCUCACCCAGACCCACCCAGAGGAAGAGAAACGGAUGUUCUCCAUCGUUGCUCUUGUGGGAAUGGGGGGUAUGGGGAAAACUACGUUGACUAGAAAAGUCUUUAAUCAUGAGAGGAUGAAGGAACGCUUCAGAUCACUUAUUUGGGUUCAUGUUUCUCAAACCUUUGAUCCCAUUCUUCUUUUUAAAAAAAUUCUUUCAACAUUUACUUCACAUGAAGGUCAGACUAGGGAAGCUAUCCUGAGAAAACUUCAAAAAGCUCUCGAAGGUAAAACAUAUCUUCUUGUUCUUGAUGAUGUAUGGAAUGAAGAUGUUCCAAAGUGGGAAGACUUUAUGAAUUCCCUGUCAGGAAUUACUUCCACUAUGGGAAAUGGAAUUAUCAUCACUACCAGAAGUCAAAAUGUUGCUUCAAUUGUGAGACCACUUGAAUACACUUUAAGAGGCUUAUCAGAUGAUGAUUGCUGGAACAUAAUUAAAGCAAAAGCCUUUGAUGGAAAUGAAGAUGUUCCACCAGAAUUUGAGAUUGUUGGAAAAAAGAUUGCAGAAUCAUGUCGAGGUUUGCCCUUAGCUGCCAAUGUAGUUGGCGGUGUGCUUCGACGGUGUAAGUCCGAAGAAGAGUGGCGGUUAAUCAGUGUAAAUUGUCUCUCAGAUGCUGAAGGUGCAGAAAGAAUUAAAAAAAUACUGAAAUUGAGCUUUGAUUAUUUGCCUUCUCCAUCUCUCAAAAAGUGUUUUGCAUACUGUUCAAUUUUCCCUAAAGGUCAUUGGUUUAUGAAACAGCGAGUAAUUGAGCAGUGGAUGGCAGAAGGUUUUCUUCAACCAGAUGAAAGAAAUGAGAUGGAAGAUGUGGGAAAUAAGUUUUUCAGUAUUCUUAUGCACAACUCUUUGAUGCAAGUUGCCAAGCUAGAUGGUUAUGGAAAUGAGGAAAUUUGUGUGAUGCAUGAUCUUGUGCAUGAUCUUGCAUCUUCUGUUUUAUCUAGUAAUGUGGACGGCAGCACCCCGGUUCGAUACAUGUUUCUUGAAGAAGAAUCAAGUCAUAUUUCUAAAGAAGUGGCCAAGCAUUUGCGUACAUUAUUCUUGAAAGUUGGAUCUUCUGGUAUCAAUUUUCAGACUUCCAUUGUCUGCAUAAUCUAACUCUUGGUGAAAGUAAUCUAACUCUUGGUGAAAGUUAUACAGAGUUGCAGUUGCCCGAUUCAAUUAGGAAGUUGAUACAUUUGAGAAAUCUUGAUAUUUCAAAUACAUCUACUAAAAACUUGCCGGAGUGGAUUGGUGAACUCUGUCACUUGCAAUCAUUAAGAGUAUCACAUGCCAUGGAUCAGAAACUGCCAAACACAUUGAAGCAUUUGGUUAACUUAAGGCAUCUGUAUAUAGAAUAUGAUGUAGAGUUGCCUGCGGAGAUUGGGAGAUUAACUAGUCUCCAAACACUACCUUACUUCAUGGUGGGCGAAGAGAAGGGCUAUCAUAUUGAAGAACUCGGAAAUUUGAAAAAUCUCAAAGGAGAAUUGUCUAUUACAAAUCUUGAGAGGGUUCGUGACAAAGAAGAGGCUCUGAAAGCCAAAAUAAUGCAGAAAGAAAAGUUAUCUGGAUUGCGUUUUGGAUGGAACUGUAAUCGUCCGGGUGAAAAUAAUGAUGAGAGUGUGUUGGAAGGUCUCAAACCUCAUGCAAAUUUAAAGAAGUUGACGAUUGAAGGAUACAGUGGCAAAAGAUUUCCAUCAUGGUUACGAAAUGAGCCUCAAGGCUCUUACUUACCACUUCAUAACUUGAUUGAGAUAAAUCUCGAUUAUUGCUUACAAUGUGAGGAAAUUAUAUUGGACCACUUACCAAAUUUAAGGUUGCUCUAUAUAAAAGAAUUAAAGAGUUUGAAAUGUUUGUCAAAAAUGUUUUUCUAUAACAAUCGCAAUCUCUCGUACUUGCACAUUGCAGAAUGUGAUAUGUUGACAGCAUUACCAGAUGGACUGGACACCCUGAAUUCUCUGCAUACUUUGGUAAUAGAAAGGUGUGAAAAUCUGAAGUCGAUUGGGAAACCAAGUUGUGGAGAAGGAGAAAAUCAAGGAAUCCUCAAUCGGCUGAGCAUUGUAGACUGCGGAAAACUGAUAGAAUUGCCAUAUCAAAUGGUAGAUUCAUGGGCCCCUACAAUUGAGUUUCUCAAAUUGGAUGGCUUAAGGAGCCUAACGAAUCUACCAAUGCUAAUUGACUGCCUCAGUAAGUCAUCUCCUUGUCUUAGAGAAUUAACAAUCAGAGGCGUUCCUAUGAUGUCUGCUGGAAGUGUUGAGAGUUGGAAUUUAGGUAGCUUGUGGAAAUUAGAAAUAUAUGUGAGUGAGGAGUGGUCAAAAGAGAAUAGUGUGGCCAUUAAUGACACUGUGAAUGGCAUAUUGGAAGGUUGUUGCAACUCACUUCAUACAUUAAAAUUAAGAGGAGUGGAAAAUUGGGAGUGGCUGCCUCAAUCAAUUCAACGUCUCACUUCUCUUCCUUUCUUACAGUUAGAAAAUAUAGGGAUAGAAGAAUUGCCGGAAUGGUUUGGAAACCUCUCAACUCUAACGCAGUUACAUCUAUAUGGCUGCACAAAGUUGAGGUGCCUGCCCUCUGUGGAUGCAUUGAAGCUGCUCAUUAAAUUGAAAUUGUUAGAAAUUAAAAACUGUCCAAAACUAAGUAUUGAUUCGGAGUGGCGCAACCAUCCCAAUCUCCAAAUCAUGGUUGAUGGCAAGCGCAUUUGAAUCUCAUAGCAACCAAGACAAAUGCAGGCCUUGUAAUUGGUUGACUACUGCAAAAAAGUGUGUAAACAGAGGUUGAAGACGCAAUCAAAAUCAAUGCUGGUCCAGAAUACUGAGCAGAGGUUUUCAAGGAAUGGAGAGUAAACGACAUAGUUUUUGAGAAACCCCGAAAAUUUUUUGUCUGGACUGAAAAGAGCAGAAAAAUGGCGCUGUUUCACGACAGGGGCGCUGAGAUGAUUUCCUUUGAGAAGAGAAAAGAUGGGUAACCUUUCAGUUGAGUGGUGAUUUGGAGAAGAAGAUGGCUGCCUUGAAAAAAUGGUAGCUCGAACGGGUAGGUAGGGCGGCUCUGGUACGAGAGUCGACUCGAAGGACCUCCGUGGAUACUAGUGUGAUUCUGGACUUCCUCAGUUUUUCAGCAACGAAGAUUUUGCUGUUGUCUACGAUUUUUUCUUCAAAGAAGAAGAAAGAAGUUUGGAUCUUGCAUUUUGCAGAUUCCUUCAUCAUGUUGAUUUUGAUUUUCAAGUUUGAUGUCCAGAGAAUAUACAUUCUUUCUUUAGCGAGCUGAUUAAUACUU